AAUACCUCAUUGAUACACUGAAUAGACAAGGCUGCACAGCCCGUCGAGCUCAUUGUCUGGUGUUAGAACUGCAUGAUCUGAGUUCCUCUGCUGCUGACUAGUUCACAGAGGAGGAGAGGAACAGCGAUGAGGAAGAGAAGGUGGAUGAUGACGAUGACGAUGCUGAAGCUGCCUUGAAGAAGGAGGUGAAACAGAUUCGCUCGUCAACAGCAAAGAAACAACGGCGAUUCCUGGCCAUGGAGAGCGGCGCCAACAACGUGGUCUUUGUGAGGACUCUGAAUAUAGAUCCAGGUAAGCUAGUACACCACAUCCUCCAAGACCUGCACACAACGAAGAAAAAGAAAUCGCGAGUGAUCCUGAGGAUGCUGCCCGUGAGCGGGACCUGCAAAGCGUUUAUUGAGGAGAUGGAGAAAUACCUGGGGCCCUUCCUGGAGAGCUGGUUCAAAGCCCCUAACCAGGGCACCUUUCAGAUCGUUUUCAAAGCUCGCAACAGCAGCCACGCCAAGAGAGACGAAGUCAUUAAGCUUCUGGCAGGGUUGGUAGGAAACAUGAACCCUAAGAAUAAAGUGGACCUGACUAACCCAGAGUUCACUAUCAUCGUUGAGAUCAUCAAGAGUGUGUGCUGCGUGAGCGUGGUGCGGGACUACGUGCUCUUCAGAAAGUUCAACCUGCAGGAAGUGGUUAAGAACCACAAAGAACCAGAAGACCUCCCGUCGAGGGUGGAGAACUGCGAAGAAGAGAAGGAAGAGAGUGCCAAAGAGACAGAGAGUAAAAGCCGUCGCUCGGAAGAGUGCAGCGUGGAGACCCCCAAGCAGGAGUCGACUCUGACAGACAAUCCCAUCAAGCUGGAGUGAUGGGGGUUGAAGGAGAGACCAGCCUUGCAUCGGGACUCUGCGUGUUUGUGAUGCUCAGCUUAGCUGUUGAAGGAACAGGCAAGAUUGCAUUGGAUGAUCUGUACCAGUAGAGUUAAAUAUUUUUGGUCUUGUUUUUCGUUGUUUUAUUGCAAACAGGAAAACAAAGCAAGUUUAUUAUGCAAGACUAGUUUUAAUAAAGUUGUUGUGGUUUCCCACGUAAGCGAUCCCUUUAACCCUUGAUGUCUGUGCUGGACACUUGCCAAGCAUGAAGCAGGGUGGUUGAGAGACAGGCGAAUGUGAUGAUACUGUAGUAUGUAAACUUGGUGUUCAAACCUGUUUUUUUUUUAAAU